AAGGAGAAGAAGGAAAUGAAGCGCGCUGACACCAAGAGGUCCGGCUUCUUCAAAGGAGUCUUGGACAACCUGCGAUCCUCGGUCACCCAGCUGCCCUCGGGCGCCAAGGGCACUGCAUCUGAAGUGCAAGACAUCCCCGAAGACAAACUCCGUAAAGAACUUUUCAACGUGGCCAAAACUUCGAGACAUGGAUUUCCGCACAAUCCUUCUGCAGUGGCUUACGAUCCUAUCCAAAGACUUAUUGCCAUUGGAACCCACAACGGGAGCAUCAAAAUUCUCGGCAGACCUGGCGUCGAGGUCUUCUUUCAGCAUGUGCUCAACUCUGCGGUGGUCCAGUUACAGUUCAUUGUCAACGAGGGCCUACUGUUGAGUUUGUGCGCCGACGAUUCGGUCCACCAAUGGAACAUCAAAACUCAAACACCCGAAGUCGUUCACACGCUCAAGUUCCAAAAGGAGCGCAUCACUUAUAUGUACUUGCCGUUUCAAAGCAAAUGGCUUUAUCUUGGAACUGAAGGAGGCAACGUGCAUCUAGUCAAUGUUGACACCUUUUCCCUAUCCGGAUAUGUCAUCAACUGGAAUAAAGCCAUCGAAAUAACCCGCAAGACGAAACCCGGCGCAGUUGUGCAUCUCUGUGAGAAUCCAGCAGACCCUAACAAGCUGCUCAUAGCAUUUGAGACGGGUACCAUCGUCCUGUGGGAUCUCCGCAGCCGAAUGGCUGAGGUUCGCUUCCAGCACAACGAACCUCUGUCAUCAGUAUCUUGGCAUUUUGAGGGUAAACAGUUUCUGGCGUCUCACGCGGAUGGGAGUCUUACAGUUUUCAACAUCAGGAAUCCAGGCAAACCUCUGAGUGUUAUGUAUCCACACUUGCGCCUUCUGAUGGAACUGAAUCCCGAGCUUAGCGCGGUGCCGACCUGCUUAAAAGGCUUUUUUCACCCCAUUUCCAAAGUGCAGUGGUGGGCCACCCGAGCUGGAGAUAACUUAGUACUCUUUUCCGGAGGUGCGCCUCUGGGUGUUGACAAAAACGGACGGGAAAUGGUCGGCGCGAGUGUUUCAAACUUGCAACGGGCUCAACUACUACAAAUGGAGAGCCAGGUUGUCGACUUUGUCACAGCGCACGAAUCACCAUUCUCAUCCGACACUACUGAACCAUAUGCCCUUGUGACUCUCUGCAAAAAUGAUUUGAUCGUUGUGGAUUUGCUCACGCAUCCGUACCCGAAUUUCCGGUUGCCCUAUUCGAUGAACAUCCAUGAGAGUCCUGUCGUAUGCUGUCAGUACCUGGCCGAUUGUCCCGGCGACUUGAUACCAUGUUUUUAUUCGGUGGGACAAUUCUUCGGCGCAAAAGCAACCAAUAUGUCGUCAACAAAUAUUAAGUUCUCGGAACGAGAGUGGCCCAUCACAGGCGGGGAAUGGGGAACAAGUAUUGUUUCAUAUCCCGAAAUCAUAAUCACAGGCCACGCGGAUGGUACCGUGAGAUUCUGGGAUUCAUCUACUUUGGGCUUCCAGCUCCUAUACCGGUUCAGAACCUCGCGGCUUUUUGAGAAGCUCGUAUCAGACGAUGAUCCAUUUGCUGUGGAGAAACUUUUUUUCGAUCCAGAAGGGCGUCAACUCGGUAUCGCCGGCGCCUCGUACGUGGCGUUGUUUUCGUUCGCAAAAACCGAGAACACCUGCAACGUUGCAGUUCUCGAUACUCCGAUCCACUUCGAGAUGGAGGAAUCCUCCGAAGUAUCCCCGAAGUCCAACGAACGCGUCACGGUCCGUCGUGAAGCUUUAACCUGGAGAGCCGGUCUACAGCCUACAUUGGUUUGCCAGUUUCUCUCCGGCGGCACUCCUGCCGGUGGAGAGUCGGCCCGUCAUGUGACCUGCAUGGCGGUCAGUUCUGCGUACAAUCUGUUGGCAUUCGGCAAUGAUUUGGGUCUGGUGGUCGUCGAUACGAUCCACAACACGUGCGUGCUCAACUUUGCCACGCCCGAACUCUAUGGAUCUUCUGACCCCUACCAGAGAUCCCCGCGAUCCCCCAAACGGCAGGACAACAACGGUCUACCGGAUCCGACAGAAAGUUCUCCAGACCAGUCGACAAGUGUGAGCCCGACAACACUGAAGCCGCAACGGCAUUUUCUCGACCGGCGAUCCAAGUCUAUGCAAACACCACAGUCAGGGGGCACAGGCUCUGGCACGUUGUCUGCUUCCCAUCAGCAACUGACCACGAUGUCGAGCCUGGGUGCGGAGCGAUAUCCUGGCCGAAAGAUGUUACAGAAGCACCCCAAUCUCGCGUCUCAAGACGAGCCUCCGCAGUUUUUACUUCCGACCGCCGCGUCCUCCUCUACAGAUUGCUCGUUUUCGCGGUCUCGCUCGUCGUCGACAUCGAGCUUGGAGAAUGUUUCCCGAGAAUCAAUCACGUGUCUCACUUUCUGUGACACGUUCUGCUCGAAGAAAAGUGAUGCUUCAUCGCCGAGUCCUUCGCUAUGGGUAGGGACCAGUUACGGUUCUGUUUUACCUUUACCACUUAACCUCGCCAACGAAACUCGCUCGGCUCUCGCCACUCCUGGAACAGGAUCAUUGUUCAAGCUUAAGGGCCGAGUGCUCUGCAUCGGAUUUGUGGACAGCAAUGGCGCGCAACUCGUCUCCGAUGGUGGUCGCUUGCGGUCCGCAAACGGCUCUAAAACUCCUACAGGCGGACAUUUCGCCGUCCUUGUGAGUGAAAAACUUGCCCGCGUUGCAAGCCUUCCCUCCCAGAAUACGAUCGUCAAGACGACUCUCAACGAAACCUCCGUUGUGGUCUGCGCCGACAUCACGCAGCUCAAACAAUGCGAGGUGCCGUGCUUGGUGUCGUACAUUGCAAACGGCAACAUCAUGGUGCACAGUUUGCCAUCGCUGAAGUUCGUCUUAGAGGUUGAUUUCUACGCCAGUCCCGACCAGCGCAUUUCUCGGACGUUUUGUUUCUCCAAAAACGGUCAUGGUCUGUACAUGGACUCGAGGAGCGAAAUUCAGAAAUUUUCCGUGAGCAGCGACUUCUGUAAUCAGCUGCAAGAUCUUCGAGGCAAUGUUCAUACAACGAAAGAAAAGCCUGAAGCCCCGCGACAAUCGUUUUUCAAAGGCUUAUUCAGUGGCGGACCCAGCGUUCUGGAUCGAGACGAACUUUUUGGCGAGACCGGUAGCGGGAAAGCUUCGAAAACCAUCGCGCGACACAUUCCUGGCAACGCUGCCAAUCUGGAAGCCAUGAGUCAGAGAGCAGGAACCCUGGCCGGUGAAGUCGCACGGACCCGAUUGGCACUAGACGAGCGAGGACAAGCACUAUCUCAACUGGAGGAGCGCACUGGACGCAUGAUGAGUGAAGCUGAAAUCUUUGCGAGUACCACGAAUCAACUGGUGAACAAGUAUAAGGAUAAGAAGUGGUACCAGUUUUGA